AUGCCGGAGCCCGUGCCUUCAAUACACGCCAUCGCCUUCGAAGAGACCGCCCCAUCAACUGCCCCUCAUCCGAUCAAGACCAUUUUCGGGAGAGAAAAUUUUGCGAAAAGUUCGAACGAUGACAAGACGCGGCUCGAAACAGACGAUCCGACCUUAAAGCAGAGCAAUAACUCGACACAUGCGCCGAAUGGCAAUGCGAUGAAGAAUGAAAACCUGCCGCAAUCAACCCAGGAUAGCUUGGCCAUCCCCGCCUCUACUGAGGACGAAAGCCUCACGUCCCUUACAAAUAUACCAAGCAUCAAGGUAGACGAUGCGUCUUCCCGACCCAGCUCGCGAUGGUCAGAACGGAGGUGGGGUGUCCUCAGGCCUCGUAAAUCGACCGAAUCCGUGCGACCAAGGUCUGCCAACACACCUAGCAGCCCAGAGCAAGCUUCCUUCCAAGGAAUUACCAUGAACAUUCCAACCAUCGACUUCCAAGACCUGACUCUAAACUCAAUGGAAUUUUCCAAACGGGGCAGCUUGGUAACCUCCAAACCCGCCACACCUACCAUAUCCUUCCCGAACAGUGAUCCUGGUCCCUCCUCCUCACCACGUAAACGAACCUCGAACUCUCUCCGUGUCAGACAGUCCUUACUCACAUCACGAGCCGUUUCAGCGGACGAAGAUAUGCUAUCGCGUCGAGUCCGGUUGAUGUAUGAAAAAGGAGAAGACAACGUGACAGAUACUGAAGUCAGUCGCGCAAUCGCAGAGGAAAAUGGUAUCCUGUGGGAGGAGCCAACUCCUAUUGAAGGCCCCUCGGAUCAAUUCUCGGACCUCAACGGGUCUAUCACGGACUUUAGAAGUAUCACUUCGGUGGGCGCAACAAGCUCCAUCAAGCGAGAGUCAAAAGAGCUUGCCGGAGGGAUCGAGGACUGGCAGAAUGUCGACGCUGCCGACGUUGACAGAUAUGGUUUCAUCGUCCCGCGAUCCUCUGCAGAACCUCAACCAAUUCAGCGCGUUUCAACCAGCCUUCUUCUUGCCUCGGAGUCACCACGACGGAAGAACACAUUCAGAAGAUCCGUAGCAACCGUCAGAAGCAGCAGCAGGUCGCUUGCCAGUAAAUCCCCCACGCGCGAUCGUAAAUUAUCUGACUCUUCGACCAAUCGGCCGAAUUCGUCGCAAAGCGCAUACAGUCCAGCAUUGAAAAGAUCACCAUCCAAGUUUCGCUAUGCAACAAACCGAUUACCGCAUAAUCGAGAUCGUCGAGUUAGAGAUGAAGCGGGUGACAUGCUCACCUUACCGUUCGAAGUCCCCGAGGCCGCUACCGAAGAUGCUCAUGUAUCCAUGACCAUGAAGAAGAAGGAAUGGGAAAGAGAAGACAAGUGGAUGAAAAUGGCCAAACAGACAAAGAAGACGCAUGAUGGAAGCGGGAUGACGUUUGAGUUUGAUACUAGCAGCUCAAAACUCAUUGAGCGGACCUGGAAAGGAAUUCCUGAUAGCUGGAGAGCUACGGCAUGGUAUGCAUUUCUGGAGUCUAGUGCCAGAAAACAUGAAGGUAGCCCAUCGGCUACAGAGUUGAUCAGUGCUUUUCAUGAAUAUCAGAAUGUGUCUUCUCCCGAUGAUGUGCAAAUUGAUAUUGAUGUCCCGCGCACGAUUAGCAGUCACAUAAUGUUUCGUCGGCGUUAUCGCGGUGGACAGAGGCUUCUGUUUCGAGUUCUGCAUGCCAUGUCACUCUAUUUCCCCGAUACUGGAUAUGUGCAGGGUAUGGCGGCACUCACGGCAACUCUCCUGGCAUACUACGAUGAAGAAAAUGCUUUUGUUAUGCUUGCUCGACUUUGGAUGUUACGAGGGCUGCAGCAUCUCUACAGAGAAGGGUUCUCCGGCUUGAUGGAAGCGUUAGGCGAUUUUGAGAAGGAGUGGUUGGGUAAUGGUGAAGUGGCUGGCAAGCUGAAUGAGUUGGGUAUUCCUCCUACAGCUUAUGGAACCAGGUGGUACUUGACCCUUUUCAACUAUUCGAUCCCUUUUCCAGCACAACUACGCGUGUGGGAUGUGUUUAUGCUUCUCGGGGAUGCUGAACAAUCCCCAUCAAAAGUUAGCGCGAACGGUAACCAUGCCUCUAGUUCUAAGCCAGAACAGCCGGCCAGCUCCUUUGGUCAAGGCUUGAAUGUCCUACACGCAACAUCUGCUGCUUUGAUCGAUGGGAUGCGCGAUAUUGUGCUAGAGUCUGAUUUUGAGAAUGCCAUGAAGGUGCUUACUAGUUGGGUACCUAUUAAAGAUAUUGAACUUUUUAUGCGAGUUUCCAGGGCCGAGUACAAGGUCCAUCACCACCGCAAAAAACACGGAUAG